AGGGGGCAGCCCUGCACGGAAGUCUGUAGUAGUUUCUCUUCUUUUUUCGUGUUCUUCUGAAGAGGGUUUGCUUCUUUUCCGUCCAGUUCUCGCAAGCGUGACAUGUUCUGUGCAAUUUUGGUAUAUAAUUUCAUGCAAGAAACCUAUCAUUUUUUUGGGAUUGUUACGUUCUUCUUAAAGAAAACUGAACCCAACGCCUAGUUUAAGCGGAGUCCAAGCACUCUCUGGACAUCCGUGCUUGCGCUUCGAUCUGCCUGGAUUCGAAAGGCUUCUUUGCGGGCUGAAACAGGUCUGCUUGGGUUCUGUUAAUCGCGCCAGCACAUUAUGGAUUGUGCGUCCCUGGUCGUGUUUUUGUAGUACAUAAGUGUCGCUUAUCCUGAGUUCUAGAAACGCGGCCCUCUUUCUUGAUUUCAGCAAGAAUGCUAUUAGAGGGCUAUUUUAAGGACAAAUCUGGCACCACUUCACUUCAAACUUAUUUCUCUUUCGCUUUACAUGUUACGACGCUCCAGACCGAAGCUACUCUCGUCUAAGCGAACCAUCCCAUUCAGCUUAAAGUUUAGGAAAACGUCGUCCCACUCAGCUGGAAGAUCUAGGACGAGAAUGCUGAUGGAGGUCUGGCCGAAGGAUGAUGAGAGCUCCAUUACGCUCCGCCUGGCUCCUCCAUUGCGCCUGGAGGCAGAUGGUUCGGGUAAUCCUAUGGAAGUCUGGCUUAAGGAGGAUGAAAGCAGCGACGUGACAUUAUUGUUGGUCCCGUUGCAAGCAGGGUGCUCGGAUAGGUUUUCUCAGGAAGAACCAGGGAAGGGACCACCUUGUAAAAAAUCGAGAAAACAAGGUCCAAGGAGUGAUUCUCAAGAGCAAGGUCAGUCAUCCAACAAAAAGUCAGACGAGGGAGCUACAGUUGCUACUCUACAUGUGCACUCCGCAUAUCUUCGCAGGUGUCAAUACUUUGAUGCGUGUCUGGCCGAGCGCUGGUCAAAUAAUGAUCUCCCUCUCAACCUUACUCUCGAAGCUCGUUGCCACCCUCGUGCAUACACGCGAUGUAUGCAGCUAUUGUAUGGGCCAGAGAUUUCCCCAUCCUCCUUCGCGAAUGUUGCCCAUGCAAUUGAAGUCCUCCCCGUGGCAGCGCAGCUUGUGUUUCAGGAAUGUGUUGAUGCUUGCAUGCGUUAUUUAGCUGUUAUGCCAUGGAAUGCAGUAAGCUUGUCCGAAAUUCGAUCUGCUGUCUCUGCCUUUCAGAUUGCUCCAACCCCUGAUUUAGCUGCUCGACUUGGCACCUUUGGUACACUUGCAAAGGAUAGCUCGUUGGAUGCACUGAAACGUGUACUAGAGACUCUUCUGCUCAAGAGCAUGCAAAUGGAUCAGCCAGACCUGAUGGAGACCAAAGUGCUCGAGAACAGAUCCGCGUUUGAAAGAUUACUGAAGGUCUCAAUGCGAGGUCCCACCGUGUCAAAGUCUGUGGCAGGUGUGGUGAAAGAUGUAAUGUAUGAAGCACUUCGAAGAGCUGUUGAAGAUUUUCGGCAACAUUGCAGGAUUCCUCAUUUAUACAAAGAUGAAGAGUUUUCAAUAGCCGGAAAAGGUCUCUGUUGGCUUUUAAAUUCUCUUGUAGAUUUUGGAAUUGCGGAGGAGGCGGCUCGAACAAUCUUCAUAGACCGAUCUUUUUCGCAAAUGCUGUUUGGAAUAUGGCCUCAUGUAAGUUCCGAGUACACCUACCCCGGAAUCACUUUCAUUCAAGACAUAUGCAACGUUCUCGUUCGCUAUUUGGAAAUUGUGGCCAAGGGAGAGAUUUGGCUUGAAAAUUCAGUUCGCCUUGCUUUGGUUGAAGCAUGGCUACCGGAGCUUGUUGGAAUCGACUUCUGUGUAUAUGAGGCCACUAAGAAAAGCGUGGACAAGGCCUUGAAUGGGGUGCUGAAGACGCUCCCUCCCCUUGAACAGGAACCGUAUCUUUCGAAAUGGCCAACGCAGAGCUGGCCGAACCUGUCUGAAUCUUUUGAUGCAUGGUGUAGCACAAUGUGCUCAAACCUAGCCUUCCUUGAAAGCAAUGAUCAGCAGCAACAUGCCUAAGCCUAUGGUUUUUCACUACGUUCUUGGAGCUUACAAUUUUCGUGUUCGUGUAUAUUUGGCGAAAAUUAAUAGAUCCUUGUGAAAUGGGUCGAAGAUGGAACAUGAACUCGUACAUCAGUACAACCAAGGAAAGGCUCCAACAUUAGUUAGAUAGAUGAUGGCCAAAAAUGACUCGAGUUUGUUGAUUGCAGUACUAUCCCGUCUGCUUACACCAUGAACUCUUGUGGAGUCCAUGCGCAAGCCUACUACUCGAAUAAUGUGUUUAUAAGCACCUUCGCUGGACUGAUGACUGCUCUGGUCUUCAGUUGCAGAGGAUGCUUGGCGCUGUACCAUGUUAGUGGACAUUGCAUCCUUUGAGUUACCUGGUCAGCUGUGACCUUGGCUGUGGCGAUUCUUUUCUUUUUCUUCAUAGUUGAAUUAAGUUCAACUUCAGGUUGCUCUGCAUUUGAGAAGAUAAAAACCUGGUUAGGGUAUAUGCGGUGGUGGGCAACUAAUUCGAGCAUCACACUUUCUUUUGGACAAUAUAGCCUCUAUGUUCAUAUCUCUUCGACAGGUUGUAUAUUACAGUAAGUUUUUCAUACACGUAGCUGCAAAGUGAAACAGCACUCCAGAAAAUUAUGUUGGUCUUAAGAUCAAUACGUACGUACCUUGUCAAUAUUGCACGUACUGCUAUUUAGACCUUGGAUCACCAAGUCACUGCGACUUUAUACCUGAUCCUAGAACACUAGGCUCUAGAUCCUGGUACAUUUUUAUGAAGUUUCGUGUGAUCCUCCGAGACUCAGUCAAUGCUAUUGAUCUUUUGAUAUGCAUGGUUCUUGUUCUGUUA